AAUCGUACGAAAAAUUUCUUCCCGUAUAACAUUCGAGCUCGUAAAACGCGCGGAGACGAACGAUCGGGCGAGCGAGUUCAUCGAGGCGUCGUAACGAGCGUGCGAGAAAGAAUCGAGGGAACUUUCGAAACUCGUUUCGCGAAUCGCACGCGUGUGUAUCGGAAUUGGUUACUCGCGCGAGGAAUACGAGCGCGCGCGGAAAACCGUGUCGUAGAACGGAAAUUCACGAUUUGUAAGCCACUUGGACUUUCGAGCACCCGGCGAGCGAUGCUUCAUCCUUCUCCGCCGCUUACGUACGGCGACGCACCCGCCUCGGUUCUUACGAGCCGGCCAAGUGACUCUGCCACGGAUUUACUAGGGAAAUUCUACCCCGGCAACGAGAUGUGUGGAGCUCUUCACUUCUCGAUUGAGACGCAGUUGAAGAACACUGGCCUCGUCAAGUCGUCGUGUGCGUCGCACACGAAUGAAGGCAAGGGAGAAGAGGAUCUUAACUGGAACGUAUGGAGGAAUAAGAGACGAUCCGAACGUCUCCGUGGAGCCGCGGAGAUACAUACAUACGUGAAUCGAGUCUUGAGAAAUGAGAAGCACGGCGCGGAGGACGAGGGGGGAACGUACGAACGAACGGACGGACGAACGAACGGAUAAGAGAUCGAAAUCCGGUCGCGAUGAGGUGUUGGAACGAGAGGAGAAGAGAACGAGGAGGACGCGCCGGCCACAUUUGAAUCCCAAAUUCGACGAGACCACGGUGAACGUGAUUAAAGAGUUCGCAGUCGUUGUCGAUUGGCAACCGAAUACCCAAAAUCUUC